CAGCCUCUUUCCCCUCCUCUCCCCAAUCCCGCCCUUCCCGUGGUUACGCAAACACAAGGCCGGGCGGGAGAAGCCGCGCUUGGUGGAGAGCGCGAGGCGAGAAGCGCUCUCCGAAGGUACCUCCAAGCGCCGAGGCGCUAGCAACGUCUUCUGCCCGGCCGGCCCGCGGAACCGUAUUUCAGCAGCCUUUUUUGAUCAUGGACCGUAUGUAUGAAGAUGUUUCAGAUUGUGAAGUGGAUCACUCUUUCUUCGAUAGUGACUUUGAAGAAGACGCGGCGAGGAAAGGAGCAACAACAAAAACAGAUGAGAAGAGAAAUGGUGAGCACACACAAACGGAAGAUACACUUGUAGGCACACCUGGCUUGAACAUGGGAACCGAAGUGGUGGAGGAUAACUGUAGUGAGGAGGAAGACAAAGCAAAUAAAGAUACAGAAUCUCAGGAGGGGGGGAAAUUAAACAAUGGUGCUUGUGAUCCUGAAAAUGGUGUGUUGUCGUUAGAUUCCUUAAAUUCAGAAAAGGCAAGUACAUCUGGUAAGAUUUCAGCACAAGGUAAAGGAACGCAUGGAAAAAAUAUUUCUGCUCAAGUUGACCAAAUAGUUAAAGAAUCUGAGGAAAAUUACUAUACAGAUGAAGAAGACAGUAGCGAUGACAGCAGAAACCAGAGGGUUAGACUUAAGUUGUCUAAGCAGUCUAAUAAUGCAAAGGUUAGCAAGAAUAUUGCAGUCAGUUCCUCCUCGUCUUCCUCCUCCUCACAUUGCCUAUCCUGUAGUUCUGAUACAGACUGCUCAGAUUCAGAUGGUUGCUUGUCAGACUCAUCCUGCUCGUCUUCAAAAAAGAAAAGCAAAUGUAGCUUGGCGCUUCUUUCUCUGAGACAAAAACCCAGCCCAGGAAUUAAAUCGGUGGAAGUAAAACCCAAGCUCGGUGACUAUGCAGAAGAGUCUGAAGAUACUGUGACUGAUGUGACUCCUCUGUCAACUCCAGACAUCAGUCCCAUCCAGUCUUUUGAACUUGCAGCAUCUAAUGAUAAGAAACUAAAGGUUAAAAGACAAGAAAAUGUGAGCCAGGACUUAUAUGAACCUGACUUGGAUCACAAAUGUCAUCAAAAGGUCCUGCAGGAGGCUGUGGACUUGAAUCAUCUUUUGAAAGCUUUUCUGCAGCUGGAGAAAAAAGAACAACAGAAGCUGGUCUUGGAUCAGUCCUCUAUAGGGUCAAGGAAAAACUACUCUUUCACAAAUGAGGAAGUUCGACAAAUUGAUCGGGAGAACCAAAGGCUCUUAAAGGAAUUGACAAAGCACUCUGCAACGCCCAGGUGCAAAAGUGCCUCACUGAAGAAACCUUCAGGCCCAGCACCAAAGAUGUACCACAGUGCCAUCAACAGGCAGAGAGAGCAGCAAAGGAUUGACAGAGAGAAUCUGGCUUUUUUGAAGAGGCUUGAAGCAGUGAAACCAACAGCUGGUAUGAGGCGCUCUGAACAGCUCAUGGACUAUCAGCGGCAGAUGAGUUACCUCAGUUCUGCUCCCUCUCCAAGGCGAGGGAAGUCUGCCUUAAGCCACCACAGCCCUUCUCGAGGUGCUUCACGAGCAUCCAGCCACAGCGCAUCUAGUACCGUGAGUCGGAGAAGUGAAAGACCUGUUUAUGACUCAUCCAGUGGUGCCCUGCAGCGAUUGAAACCCACUAGUAUCCGUACUGCCUGGCUAUAAGUUAUUUGCACUUUGCCACCAGAUUUUUAAUUCUGAUGUAGUUACAGAUUGCUGUGAAGUCUGUGCAAGAGUAUUGUAAUAUUCACUGUUGGUGAUUAAAGGACACUGGAAAGUGAUAUUAACUACAAACAGAUACAACACUGAUUAUUAUUAUUGGUUGUUGUUGUUUUUUUGAGCAAGCAAGAUCUUAACUAUACAUGUUGGAUAAUAUCUUCCCAAUCAGUAUUUCUGCUAAUGAUAUAUUUGUAUAAGAAAUGUGGCACUGUAAAUCUUAUUUAUGUUCUUCAAUCACAACUGAAGUUCAGAUGUGAAGAGUAGAGGGUGGACUUGUAGCACUUUUGGACCAGUGUAAAAGUGUACAAAAAAUAAUUGCUUUUCAUUUUUCAUUGUACAAUAAACAUUUGCAUUGGA